AUUAAUACUUGCCAUUUCCUCAUGAUGGGAAAACAGAAGGCAGUCCUUGAGAUGCUGGCACAGAUCUUACACAUCAGGCACCUGCUUCUCCAGCAGGGCCUGGCAGAGUGCCUGGGGACCCUGGUUCUGGUGAUGUUUGGCUGUGGCUCGGUGGCCCAGAUGCUUCUCAGCAGAGGUUCCCACGGCACAUUCCUCACCGUCAACCUGGCCUUUAGGUUCGCCGCCAUGCUGGGGAUCCUCUUCAGUGGAAAGGUGUCCGGUAAGGGGGCAUUACAUAGUCACCUGAACCCGGCUUUGACCUUUUCCCUCUGCCCUGGGAGGGAGCCAUGGAGGAAGUUCCCGGUCGACUUCCUCAACCAGACGUUUGGGGCCUUCCUUGGGGCCGAGAUCAUAUUUAGCAUGUAUUUUGAUGCGCAGUGGGACUAUGGCCAGGGGACCCUGUCUGUGGACGGGACCAACACCACGGUGGGCAUCUUCGCUACGUAUCCCUCCACACAUCUCAGCCUGCUCAGCGGAUUCUUCGACCAGGUAAGAAAAGUGUCGUCACGUCACGUCCCUUAAUGCACAACAAGGGUACGUUUAAAUAUGGUGUCACACCGAUUGCUCCGGAUCACAUCGCAAGAACAACA